AUGAAGGGCUUUUUAUACUUUUUUGCCUUAAUUUCGUUCACUUCAGCGGGAAAUAUUUUAUUUCUUGCUCCCUUUAACGGUCCAUCGCAUUGGCUUUUCUUGUCGAACAUCAUUCGAGAAUUACUUCAAAAAGGACAUCAUCUCACUGCAGUUACGGGAAUCCCAUUAAAAGGCGGAAACGAAAAUUACACAGAAAUUCUCAUCGAUCCGCCGUAUGAUUUUAAUCGAAAAUUUUCACCCGAUAGCGUGUUCGAUGGGCACUUUGUGUCGCCAUUUGUGUCUGUCUUAAUGUUGUACGAGCUCGGAAUUGAUAACAGUGAAUGGGGACUGCAAAACGAAAAGGUACAAAAGUUGAUAAAUUCGAAAAGUUUGAAAUUUGACUUGGUUAUUAGUGAGCAAUUUUUUCAAGAAACAUGGUUGAUGUUUGCUCACAAGUUCAAUGCUCCUUUGGUUACGAUCAGUACGUUGGGACAUACGGAUUACAUGGAUUACGCCAAUGGAUUGAUGACACCUUUGGCAUAUGUGCCUCAUGUUUUGGUUGAUUUCAGUGAUAAAAUGACAUUUUUCGAAAGAUGUGAGAAUGUCGCGUUGACCUUGUUUGACAGAUUUUAUCGGUUGGCUUCUUAUAUGCCGAGAAAUAAUGAAUUGGCGCGAAAAUAUUUUGGAAAUUUGGAAAAAGAAAAUGGUUACUUACCAAGUGUCGAAGAUAUGGAAAGAAAAAUCGACCUCAUGCUCGUGAACUUCAACAACGCCCUAAGUAAACCACGUCCCCAAAUGCCGAACCAAAUCAACAUUGGAGGAGCUCAUAUCAGAAAAAAUCCUUCUCCUCUCCCCGCCGAUAUGCAAAAAUUCUUAGAUGAAGCUGAACACGGCGUAAUUUACAUGAGUUUGGGUGCUUUUGUUCAAAGUUCUCUCAUGCCCGAAGAGAAACUCCGGGAAAUUCUCUCAGCUUUCAGUCAACUAAAACAACGCGUUCUCUGGAAAUUCGAAGCAAAAUUAGAAAAUAUCCCGAAAAAUGUGAUGAUCAACAAAUGGAUGCCUCAAGCCGACAUUUUAGCGCACAAAAAUAUCCGACUGUUCAUUUCUCACGGAGGCAUGUUUGGGACUUCUGAAGGCACAUCGAAUGGCGUUCCAAUGUUGUUCAUUCCUUUCUAUGGCGAUCAACACAGAAACGCUAUUAAAGGAGAAAAAGCCGGCACCGCACUCAAAAUUAGGUUUGGUGAUAUAACAGCUGAGAGUUUUUUGAAGAAGAUAACGACAAUUAUUGAUAACCCAAAAUAUCGAGAUAACGCAAAGGAAAUCGCUCGUGUUUUUAAUGAUAAUGUCGUUCAUCCGAUGGAUACGGCAAUAUUUUAUAUCGAAUAUGUGAUGAGAAAUAAGGGAGCAAAGUAUUUAAAAUCAGGCGCUGUGGAGUUGAGUUGGUAUCAACAUUUUUAUUUGGAUAUUUUGGGAUUCGUAUGUGGAAUUUUGUUUAUUUUAGGAUUGAUUUUGUAUGGAUUUGUUAAAUUUUUAGUAAAAAUUAUUUGCGGAGGAGCAAAAAAGUCAAAGAAAAGUUCCGUUAAAACUAAAAAAUCCUAAAUGUUGAAAAAAAAUCUUUUAAUUUAAGUUCGGAAGUAAAAAAG